CCCCAUAACAGAGAUGGUAACAACACAGUACAUUUGCAAGAGGGACAACUAGUUACUAAAGCUAGCGCUGUGAUUGGAGCGUUUUGCUUCCGUAGCUGCGCAGACACGGAGAACCUCGCUGGAGCUGUCAUCUGGAAAGGGAGGAGAGGAACAGAAGAGAAGAACAAAAUAAACGCAGCGAGGACGCGAACACUCAAGAAAGAGUCAGAAGCUGUCUUCCUGGUGAAGCCAUAUGAUUGGCUGAAGCAGAACUUCUCUGUCUGUGAUUGGUCAUCGAGGGUAGACGCUGUGAUUGGCUGAGAAGUCCAAACAUGGACCCACACCAUCCUGGGGUUACCAACAAUCCUUAGCUCUACGGUAGGACCCUCAGUGUUCCGUACGGUGUUGUCGAGCUACUGUCUCCGGGGGCAACCCUGACAGUUACCAUCCUCAACAUACUUUUCUCUUUACUGACCUGUGACCUCUGACCUCUCAUCCCUGGUCCAGGACUGACCUCCGAUCAGGAGGCCGUGCCUCUUCGGUGAUGAUGUCAAUAGACGUGGCCAAUAGGAACGGCCCUGCCGUGACUCCUCCCGCCUCCCUCAGCCUUCGCUCCUCCCACAAUCGUGAUGUCAGUGGCGGUGAUGUCACCAGGCUGGGUUGGGCCACGUUUCCUAAGUGCCGUAAGAAGUUAUGUCUGACCAGCAUCCAGAAUGCAAUGGGGCUGAGUGCCGUAACUCCGUCGUCGUCGACUCCCAACAACCCCGAACUGGCCAAGAACGGGCUGAACGCCCUGCGCAAAGCAGCCGAACGACAUGGACAACAUGACCACAACAAGAACACAACCCCUGACCCCGACUCAACCACAGAGGACUGCAAUACAAACAAUGAAACGGUCAAUGAGGACAUCCUCACCAAGAUGAACCUCGACCUCGACCCCGACACCAAGACACAUCUGGACCUGAAAACUAACGUGAACUCAGACCUGGAAAGCAUCACGAAUGUGACAGAUGACGGGGAUGACAUCAGCAUCCUGUCUGAGAAGGAAGUUGAGAUGAAAAUAGAGGAGGAGGAGGAGAGGAGUAGUAUAGAUGAGGAAGAGGAGGAGAGGAUAGAGGAGGACGAGGAGGAGAGGAUAAAGGAGGAGAGGGGGAAAGAGGAGGAGAGGAUAGAGGAGGAAGAGGAGGAAAGCAUAGAGGAGGAGAGGAUAGAGGAAGAGGAGGGAGAGGAGGAGAGGAAAGAGGAGGAGAGGAUAGAGGAGAGGAUAGAGGAGGAGAGGGGGAUAGAGGAGGAGAGGAUAGAGGAGGAAAGCAUAGAGGAGGAGAGGAUAGAGGGAGAGGAGGAGAGGAUAGAGGGAGAGGAGGAGAGGAUAGAGGAGGAGAGGAUAGAGGAUGAAGAGGAGGAGAGGAUAGAGGAGGAGAGGAGGCCUCUGUUGAAGAGUGAGAACCAGGUCAAAGCUCCAGACCAGGGGAGCCACCCAGACCCCAGCUUUAGGCUCCUCAAAUCGGUUAAAGACUCUCCGUAUCCCCCUCCUCCAUCCACACCCAGACAAAGCAGUCCUGAAGAAACCCCUCCCCUCCCCUCCUCCUCUCUUCUGAGGCAGAAGGAUAGUGUUGUAGAGGUGAAGACAGACUGUGUUGUAAUCAGGAUCCAGGACAUGAACUCUCCUGGCGGGUCCUCUCUGUCUCAGGAGAACACCUCACCUCCCCUCCCAGAUAUCUGGAGUGAUCAUCAGGGCUGUCAGACAGAAGGGGACCUUCCUCCAGGAUGGAAGAGGAUUACAGACAAGGCUGAUAUCUACUACUGGCAUAUCCCUAGUGGAGCCACACAGUGGGAGAGACCAGCGCCCAGAGCCCCUCUCACCAGACAGGAGGGCUCUGGCCUGGGGGACACCACCUCAGCCUCCCCACCUCCAGACCACCAGAAGCAGCUGUGGUGUGAUGUUGGAGCUGUGAGGGGAAAGAUUGAUAGUAAGGUUUGGAAUGACCUGCAGGCGGCCACGGUGAACCCUGACCCCAGCUUGAAGGAGUUUGAGGGAGCUACGCUCAGAUAUGCAUCGCUACGGAUCCCUCUCCCACUGAAAGAGGAGGAGUCUAACAGUGACCCUGAGGCCAAGUGUUUUGCGGUGCAGUCUCUGGGUUGGGUAGAGAUGGCAGAAGAGGACCUGUCGCCAGGGAAGAGUAGCGUUGCCGUUAACAACUGUAUCCGACAGCUAUCCUACUGCAAGAGCAACAUCAGAGACUCGGUCGGCAUCUGGGGAGAGGGUCAGGACAUGUAUCUGGUUCUGGUGAACAACAUGUUGAACCUGGUUGAUCCUACGGACCGUUGUCUUGGCAACGUGCUUCAUUCUCAGCCAAUAGCAAGCAUUCGUGUCUGGGGGGUCGGACGUGACAAUGUCAGGGACUUUGCGUACGUAGCGAGGGAUAAGGACACCAGGAUUCUGAAGUGUCAUGUGUUCCGUUGUGACACUCCAGCUAAAGCCAUCGCUACCAGCCUCCACCUCAUCUGCUCUAGGAUCAUGUCGGAGCGCAAGCAUGCUAAAGAGUUAUCAGGGGCGUUGUCAGGGGGCGUGUCUCUACACGACAGAAUGCAGUCAGGACUAGACCUCCCACUACAAGCAGAGUUCCCCACUCCAAAGACAGAGUUGGUCCAGAGAUUCCGGCUGCUGUAUCUGGGAAUGAAGCCAGUAGACAGACCUAUAGGUAUGGACAUAUUGAACGGGGCCAUAGACAGUCUGAUUGGUUCUUCCAGUAGAGAAGAGUGGAAAGCUGUUAACCUCAACGUGGCCGAUGCUACCCUCAUUAUCAGCAACCACCAGGAGCAGGAGGAGGUGAAGGAGGAGGUGAUGAAGGAGGAGGAGGUGGAGGAGGAUGUGGAGGAGGAGGUGUUGGUAGAGUGCAGGGUGAGGUUUCUGUCCUUCAUGGGGGUAGGGAGGGACAUCCACUGCUUUGCCUUCAUCAUGGACGGAGGAGGACAACGCUACGAGUGUCACGUGUUCUGGUGUGAACCCAACGCUGGACAGCUCUCUGAGGCCGUACAGGCUGCGUGCAUGUUAAGGUAUCAGAAGUGCCUUUUGGCUCACCCACCCUCCCAGAGACCCCUCCCCUCCUGUGGCCGUGGCUCCUCCUCCCUGGGCAGCGGCGGUGGUAACCGCGGUAACGGCGGUGUGAAGAGAGGAGUGCUGUCCCUCAUCGAAACUCUCAAACAGAAGGGACCGCUGCCCCACCAGAGUAACCACGGAAACUAAACUAACAUCGUGACUACGACCGCACACCCCGGUAACUAUGGGGAAAAAAACAACGCUGCACCUUGCUAACCGUGGAAAUCACUACUCUAACCCGGUCGAACUAUGGCAGCCAAACGUAGACCUCCUCCCAUCACCUCAACACAGAACUGUCUACCAGUCGGUGAUCACCUCAACACAGAACUGUCUACCAGUCGGUGAUCACCUCAACACAGAACUGUC